CACAUGGCAUAUCUGUCAUCUUGGCCGAGUGUGUCCAUUAAAAAAAAUGCUGAGCUGACAGAAUUUUGAUGGAGGCUUUAUGGAGCGUAAACAGUGAUGGAGGCUGAGGCUACCUCAGUGAUGGAGUCCAUCUACAAGCAUCCUGAACGUGAGGACGACUGAGAGGAGGAGGAGUUAAGGCAAACCACGGCAUGACUGUUCUAUUUCAGAAUAUGGACACGUACUUUGGUCAGCAAUACCCAGCAGCCACAGCCAUGCCGAUGCUGGAGGUCAUCUGCAGCCUGAUUGGCUGGCUGUGUCUCUACUUCUUGUUCGUCUGCACCUUCACCCAGCGGGGACCCGAGUGGAACUGUCGCCUGGUCACGUUGUCCCACGGCGUCCUUAUAGUGCUGCUCACAGCCUACGUUGUUUUCGUAGACGGACCCUGGCCCUUCACGCAUGCAGGUACAGAAAACACAGAGCUUCAGAGCUUCGCCCUGGCUGUGUGCCUCGGCUACUUCUUCUUCGACAUGGGUUGGUGUGUAUGCUACCACACAGAGGGCCCCGUCAUGCUUGCACAUCAUGCUGCCAGUAUUGCAGGCAUCCUGCUGGCUUUGCUGAUGGGAGUGUCAGGCUGUGAAACCUGCGGGGUCAUCUUUGGCAGCGAGCUCACCAAUCCCCUGCUGCAGACCCGCUGGUUCCUCCGCCAGGUGGGCCUGUACGACAGCCUGCUGGGCGACGCGGUGGACCUGCUUUUUAUUUUACUGUUUGCCACUGUUCGCGUGGGAGUCGGCACGGUGAUGUUCUACUGCGAGCUCACCUCUCCUAGGACUUCAAUGAUAAUGAAGCUUGGUGGAGUGGUUAUGUACGGGCUGGCAUGGGUGUUCAUGGUUGACAUAGCCAGAUUUGGCUACAAGAAAAGCAAGGCUAAGUAUAAAAGGUGGAUAGAGAACCACAAACUCAAAGACAUGGACAGACAAAAGGUGGGUGGACAUUCAGACAAGAGUGAAUGAAAAGCUAACGUUCUGUCUAAGGGCUUCAAGAGCUCUAAAGGUGCUAUGUACAGCAUGAGAAUAAUAAAAGAUUACUAAAUAUUUUUAAUAUGCUGUAUAGUAUGAGUCCCCAGAUAAAAGAGAAAAGUUAUUGCUUAUCAUGAGCGCGCUCUAACCUUGUUUUAAAAUACCAUGGGUUGCUUCAUAGCAAAAAGUUUAAGUUAGCGACAGUGAGCUUUAGUAACCUAAAUGUCUCAUGUUUUUGCACGCUUAUCCCAAAAGUACCAGCAAAUUUAUUGCGAUGGAACAAAACAUUCAUAGUGAAGCUGUUGUCCGUCUCUGUGUUGGCCCUGAGAUGCACCAGUGAUCUGUGAUCUGCUUGGUGGAAAUCAAAAAGUAUCAACCUAUAAAGGACUGAAUUCAAAGACACUCCUGAAAUCAAAGUGAAGAAAUUAUGGCCUGGCCUGUAUUUGUGUAGCGCUUUACUAGUCCCUAAG